AUGUACCACUUGCUCCCAGUGACAGGCUUAUUCAGAUGGGCCAGUAAGCUGACCUACCUGGGCCUAUCGGGAUCAAACUUGAAAUCCCUUCCCAACGACACCCUAAUAUGGAAUCAACACAUAGACUACCUGGAUUUAAAUUCCAACCACCUCACUUUCAUCAAUAUUAGCACUUGUGGCUCAGUAAGAUAUGCUGGCUUCUUUAGAAAUCACAUUGAACAGCUCACAAAGGAAACUUUCACCUAUGCGUGUCAAACUGAUUAUCUGAACCUUGGUGCAAACCCAAUCAAGUUGAUUGAUCCCAUUGCAAUUGCUGCACUACAUACCCGCUCACUUGUGCUAGGUGGCGGAGGCCACUUUUGGACACCCGAGAUGCUGAGAAACCUCACAACCGGAAUCUCUCGUUCGCAGAUCAAGAGGCUUAAAGUCUCUGCUGUUGAUUUAAGUCCUUUCCCUCAAGAUUUCUUUACUCCAUUGCGAGAUUAUUCCUUCACUCUUCUUGAUUUAACCUUUUAUAAUGUGAAUGCCCUCUAUCCAUUCGUCUUCUCGAAUCUGACGCUGCUCGAUCAACUUAAUCUCACUAUUAACGAAAUAGCUACAAUCGAACCGAACUUUUUUGACGGCAUGCAGGCGUUGAAAGUGUUGAAAUUAGAUCAAAAUGUGGUAAGGAGUAUAAAUACUGGUAAUCAUAAUUGGACAAUCAACCUCACUGAGUUGUAUUUAUUAGGGAAUUCAUUGACAUAUAUUUCGAAAUUUGCAUUCCUUGGUUUGCAAAAUUUAACCCUUUUAGACUUAAGCUCUAACAAACGACUUAAUCAGAUUUAUUUGACAUCCUUUACAGGACUAAAUAGCAUUCACACCAUUGAUUUGUCAAGAUGCAGUAUCGUAAGUUUGGUGUUGUACAGUCCGAUUUUAAAGUCGCUGCGUAUGGAAGAAAACAAAAACGGUAAGAUAGGUAUAGGUCCUUUUCACCCUGGGGGAUCCUUCAAAUACUCAUCGAAUCUUGUUUAUUUGGAUAUACAAGAGUCACAAGUUUCGUCAUCUGAUCUGUGGGAUACAAACACAAAUGUUUCUCUUUUCGAAGGACUGUUCAAUCUUACGACAUUGGAUUUGAGUAAGAAUCCGAAAAUUGGCCAACUCCGCCUGGGUAAUGGAAUCUUCCAUCACCUCUCUGCUCUACAGGAGCUCAGUUUAGAUGCCUGCGCUAUUUCAAACCUUCACCCUCUUGUGUUUACAGGUUUGGAAUCACUCCAGAAGCUGAAACUAUCAGGUAAUAACCUUAAACAGAUUCGUUUUGGUAUACUCACAGGGUUAGGGCAAAUACGAAGCAUUAAACUUGAUGGAAACAUUCUAGGACACCUUGAUGAAGGAACGUUCUUGAACAACUCAAGGCUUACAAGCCUUUCAUUGGCAAACAACAAGCUAACGGUUCUAAACGAGAGCACAUUUAGACCAAUCUAUUCUUCUCUUUCACUAAUAGAUCUUUCAAAGAACCCACUUUUUUGUACAUGUGAUCUCGAGUGGCUUCUAGAUUGGCUGAAUCAGAAUAGAACAGUACGCCUUGCCAAUGAGAAUCAGACUCUCUGUGCACCAUCAUCAUUGGCUUCUCUCCGUGAGAAACCUUUACUUCAUUUUAAUCCCUCUGAACUAUGUCGGUUCAACUAUGCCAUCUUCAGUUUAAUUCCAAUUGUCAUCGUAUCAUUGGUUGUGUUCCUCGUGCUCGUCUAUUACAAGCGAUGGAAGCUAAAGUACAAACUCUUCCUCCUAAAAUUGGCGGUCAUUGGGUACAGGGAGAGGCUAGACGCGCGCAACCAUAACGACUAUGAGUUCGACGUAAAUAUCAUCUCCUAUGACGACGACGAAGAAUGGAUUCGCGAAAAUCUGAGACCAACUCUGGAAGACCAGCUACCGCAGUUUCAAAGGAACAUCUUUGGUGACGCAGACCUCAUACCGGGUAUGUACUACUUGGAUGCCGUUGACUACGUAGUGAGCCGGAGUUACAAGACCAUCAUUCUACUCAGCAGAGCCGCCGUGCGUGAUCGCUGGUUCAUGCUCAAGUUUCGUACGGCCAUGGAUCACGUGAGUGAUACCCAGACCGAAUUUGUAGUCGUUGUCUUCCUCGAAGACAUCCCAGAUGAUGAGAUACCUUUCUUGGCGAGGUUGUUCCUCAGUGACGGCAGACCUUACCUCCACUGGACAGAGGAUGUGAGAGGUCAAGAAUAUUUCUGGAAGGAAUUGGCAAAGAAUCUGACCAUCAACCUAAGGACCGAUGAUCUGAUCCCAAAUGAAUAG